AGAGCUACAACGCGUGAUGGGUUACCAGCAGCAAGCAAGCAGCAGUAGGAUGUCUCUUACUAUAUGAGCUGAACGUUUGGAAAUUCAUUGCUUUAAAUGUACUCCGGUGUUUUAAAUAUCGGAAUAUCAUCUAGGAAGAACUGGUAUUCACCGUGCUUCUUGGCAGAUUUAGCGCUAGGUAGCUCACGACGCAGUAGUGUAAGAUGAUCUGACUCCACGAUGCUACCUGCGCCUUGUGACUCCAUAGCCUCGAGUCGGUCUUCGUGGCAACACAUCGCACUGUUCGUGUGAUCCUGUUUUUCGCUCAAGGCGACAGGGAGCGGCUGUUUGACUCGCUGUUGUAAACAUUGGUGUGUGUAUGAGCUGCGCAGCCACCCCUAGCUCCACAGGGUCGAGGUUGCCCUGCCAAGCCUUCCUCACAACACACACUUGACAUCCUCUGUGAUAAGAGCCAGUCCGAUGGCUACACCCUUUGUACCAGUACCAAUCCCUAUGGAGGGGAGUUCUAGGAAACCUCGACGGCCGCAGAGGACCUCAUCUCUGGGCAGUGUCUCGAGCUCCUCGGAGUCCUCCAGGGGUCACGGGGUCAAGACCCCACCAGUGCAGUGCCAGAGCCCUGUGACCCGCGCCUGCCUGACAGGGGACCAGCCAAGCGUAGAGUUCAGCACCAGCCCACUCCCAAUCAACGCCAACUCGACCUCCUCCACAGCCGCCGGCUCAGACGAGAGGCCAAUCACACCCUCCAUUCUGGGCUACGAGGUUAUGGAGGAGAGGGCCAAGUUCACGGUGUACAAAGUUCUUGUGAAGAAGAACAGUGAGGAGAGCUGGGUGAUCUUCAGACGCUACGCAGACUUCUCACGGCUUAAUGACAAGCUAAAGGAGAUGUUUCCAGGCUUCCGUCUGGCCCUGCCACCCAAGCGCUGGUUUAAAGACAACUAUGAGUGUGACUUCCUCGAGGAUCGACAACUGGGCCUUCAGGCCUUCCUGCAGAACCUGGUGGCCCACAAAGACAUUGCUAACUGCACACCGGUGAGGGAGUUCCUGUGUCUGGAUGACCCCCCAGGACCCUUUGACAGUCUGGAGGAGAGUCGGGCGUUUUGCGAGACGCUGGAGGAGGGGAACUACCGGCUGCAGCAGGAACUUGUGGAUAAGCAGCGGGAGAUCAGCCAGCUGAGGAGCCAGCUGCAGGAGCGUGACGACACCAUCCAGCUCCUGCAGCAGAAGCUCAGUGGGAAGAGUCUAUGUGUAUCAGCCCCGGGCAGUGUGAGCAGUGUGGAAGUGGAUCUCGAUGUAGACGCAGAGUCCUCAACCACAGAGGCAGAUCAGGACACAACCCAACACAACGGGUCAGUGUGCUGGUGUCGUCCGGUGUCGUCCAGCUGCUCCCCCCCAGUCAUCCAGGUCACCCAGUUGGAGCACUAAUCCAGACUGCUCUCCUCCUCCUCCUCAUCUUUCUCCUCCUCUCCCUCUUUCUUUUUUCUCUUACGGCCCUGCAUCUUCUCCUUUAUGAUUUGGGAGUUCUCCACGUCUGUGGCUUGGAGCCUCGCUAACCACCGCAGCGCAGGCUGAGAAGAAGGACAGAAGGGCCACAUGUACGGGAAUGUGUGGAAAUGGGACCCAAGGCUCACAUAAGAAAGUGUUAACGCCGCCACAUGCACUUGCCAUGACUGCUGUGUGUGUGUGUGUGUCCGUGGCUGCUGUGUGCAUGUGUGCGUGUGCGUGUGUGUGUGCGUGCAUGGGUGUGUGUGUGUGUGCGCAUGUGUGGUGGGACAGCUGGAGCUUUUUUGAUCGUGUGCAGCUUGGAUCAGAGCAGCCCUGACCUGACCCUGGAUCUGUCCAGUGAGCUGCUGGUUGCUAUGGCGGGUUGCCAUGCCAUGCUGUGGUGACGGCGCAGGGCAGCAGCACUCCCAGUCUGGCCUGCCGAGGAGAGAAGGGAUAAUCUGGCGUCCAGUACUGUGUGGCACCCGUGGUUAGGGCGGCCAUUUGCCAAUCAGGACUCUACGUGACUCAUGUACGUUUGGUUUGGUUUUGUUUGGAAUAACACUGCCUUCACAGCCAUCACCCAUUUCACCAUCUCACAGCACUGGCCCAUCUUCCAUUACGAGACACUUGAUAAUGCUUUUAAAUAGGUAUGUUAGAUGCUAGAAUGCAUUGCUUGCACUAUAGGAAACGGAAGAGUGUGUGUGUGUGUGUGUGUGUGUGUGUGUGUGUGUGUGUGUGCGCACACGCUCGUGCACGUGUGUGUGUGUGUGUAUGUGUGCUUGAAUAUUUGUGCAUGCAUGUAUCCAUGUGUGGUGUACAUUUGCAGUCCUGCUUAUUUCAUGAUUACUCCGUAUUCACUAUAACUCAAUAGUGGCCAUGAUAAAUACAUGAUAUGUACAAUACUACUAUGGCAGUAGUCUUAAAAAGGCUAUUCAGUGGACAACAUUGCUGGUCUUCUGCUGUAGGACGACUGGGUCAAUGGCAAGGCAAUCUAAGCAUCUCAGCUGCUACAGGAAACUAACCGUCUUAAUGGGGAGCUAGUCCUCUCCUGGCACUACCAUGCACCCCCCUCCACACACACACACACACACACACACUAGGUGUGUAUGUGUGGUUUUUUUUUGUUUGUGUGUGUGUAUACAUAGGUCACCACUUAAAGCCAUAAUCUGCAGCUGUUUUGUGUUGAAAUUUGCAAGAAAAUCUUGAAAUCAAGAAAAGCCAUAGACAAAGCCAGGUGUGUUUGUGUCGUGGUCUCGUGCAGUCUGUCUGUCUGUCUCAGUCCGUGUGGCAACUGAACUCAGUCCUGGUUGUGGGCGGCUCCUCCUGCAGCCCAGCCCAGAUCACAUGAUGCACUUUACUGCCCUGGGGGCUUCUGGGUAAACUAAUCUUGGCUUUCUCUAAAUCGUAGUGCCUUCUCCUCACACCUGCACACUCACUCAUAUUUAGUGUGUGUGUGUAUGUGUGUGUGUGUCUGUCUAUCUAUCUGCAUAGCUUUACUUCACCGUGUGUGUCACCAAGGUCAGCUCUCAUCAUGGACAGUGCCUUGCUUGCCCCCCCCCCCCUUCCUGAGGGCUGUCCAGUUCUCUUCACAGAUGCUCAACAGCAACUGCCCACACAGCCCCAGUCAUGUGUGGUCAGGCUGGGAUCAGAUGGUCAGUUAGUGCAGUUGUGAGGUGGCGUUGUUGGAACGGAAAUAUGCCGCGACCGUAGGCCUUUGUCGAUAACGUUUGGCACUCCUGGUUUAUGACCGUAAAGGGUGAAAGGCCCUCAUGAGGAAUUUGCCCUGCGAAGGGACAAAACUCUAUGGCAAGGCACAAUGCAGUCCACUUCGGGAGAAAGGGACAGUCAAGAGUGGACCUAGAAAUCCUCACCAACCUAACCAUCAAUCCACUCACAAAUAAACAGUGCUUUUGGAUUGGAGAUUCUGUACGCAUGAGCAAAGAUAAGAGGACAUCCUUACAUGUGUGUGGAGAAGAUUCUGUACGCAUGAGCAAAGAUAAGAUGACAUCCUUACAUGUGUGUGGAGAAGAUUCUGUACGCAUGAGCAAAGAUAAGAGGACAUCCUUACAUGUGUGUGGAGAAGAUUCUGUACGCAUGAGCAAAGAUAAGUGGACAUCCUUACAUGUGUGUCGGUCAGGGUAUGUUUGUGUUCACAAUACGGAAUACUGAGAGA